CACUGCUACAUUACACCGCAACUUGCCUCGAUCCUUCUCUCCUUAAGGGAGAGUUACUUCUUUGCGCGUGAACCCGAACCCGAAUCGCUCAGACAAAAUGAUAACCAUAAGAGUGCCUUGCUCAUCCGCGAACAUUGGACCGGGUUUCGAUGUCAUUGGUCUAGCUCUCUCGAUAUGGCUAGAACUGCGCGUCGAUAUAUCUCCAGCCACGGCUUCGGGUGCGCCUCUCAAUUGUGAGAUUUCCUAUGAAGGUGAUGGAGAGGGCGAGGUGCCGCUCACCGCCGACAGCAACCUCAUUACGAGGACAGCAUUAUAUGUUCUGAGAUGUCAUAAGCAACGCGUAUUCCCCGUGGGGACAAAGGUCCACAUAAUCAAUCCAAUUCCACUCGGUCGUGGUCUAGGAUCCUCGGGCGCGGCGGUCGUCGCUGGUGUUGUGCUCGCGAAUGAAGUUGGAAAGCUCGGCCUGUCGAAAGCCAGGAUGCUGGAUUACUGCCUAAUGAUAGAGCGCCAUCCGGAUAACGUCGCAGCUGCGCUCUACGGGGGAUUCGUAGGGACCUAUUUGAACGAUUUGAGCCCAGAAGACACAGAGAGGAAAGAGAUCCCUCUUAGUGAAGUCCUUCCCGAACCUGCAGGUGGCGUGGAUACCGGCUUGGAACCGCCAGAACCGCCGAUCGGAAUUGGCCACUACAUGAAAUUCCCCUGGGCGAAAGAGAUCAAAGCCAUUGCCAUCAUUCCUCAGUUCGAGGUAGCCACCGCAAAAGCCCGUGGCGUUUUACCAACUUCAUACUCAAGAGCGGAUGUAGUAUUCAACCUCCAACGAAUAGCUCUUCUUCCCGUCGCUCUUGGUCGAUCACCGCCAAACGCAGAGCAGAUUUACUUGGCCAUGCAAGAUAAGGUUCAUCAGCCUUACAGGAAGGAAUUGAUACCUGGUCUGCCAGAGAUCUUACUUUCUGUGACUCCAAAGUCUCACCCUGGGCUUUGCGGAAUCUGCUUGUCAGGGGCUGGACCUACAAUACUAGCGUUGGCCACGGACAACUUUGAUAAGAUUGCGAAGGUCAUUUUGGACAUGUUUAGCAAAAAGGAUAUAAAAUGCGAGUGGAAGAUCUUAGAGCCGGCAGAAGAGGGGACCACGGUCACUUAUAGCUGAAUCGGACAAUGAAUAACGAAUCAAUCUGGCAUACUAUACCCACGAGUUCAGCGCCAGUGGCAUGCC